ACUGUAAUUGAUUGUGCAGCCAUGGUAAAGCUAGGACUGGUGGUGGUUGCGGCGAUUUGCUGUCUUGCUGCUAUUGAGGCUUUGCUAGCUCAACGCAGGCAAGGCAGCACAAACACUACAAACAGCGAAGUCCUAGAAGAAGUUAAAAACAAAUGCACACCGGGAAAGUUCUAUAAGAGGGGCUGCAAGAGGUGCUUCUGCGAUGACAAACAGAGGCCCGUUUGUGGAAGGAAUGGGGAUUGCAAGUUGGCUAAUAAGUAUCCAACAAAGCCCAGCUUCCUCCGCUCCUACUCUUUCUCAGAGCUCCAGCAAUUGCCAUCACUACCACACCAGUCAUCAAACUGCACACCCGGAGUCUCUUAUCGAGUCGACUGUGACGCAUGCAUUUGCCUUGCAAAUAAGAAUCUUAUGUGUAACGAUCUGCUGUGCCCAAGUUAUGAAGAUAUUAAUAGGAUUCUGGCUAAAGAUAUGACUGGAAAUAAAUGUUCAGUGGGCAGAAACAAGACCGAGGAUUGCAUCUCAUGUUCUUGUAUUAAUGGCAUACUUAAGUGUGAAGCCCAAUCAAACUGCAUUCCAAACGGGAGAAGAGACAUUCAGUAUGAACCACCUCUGGACCUGGAUGUUAAGGAGAACCGCCAGUGUUCGAAAGGAAUGGUUUAUAAACGCGACUGCAACCGCUGCUACUGCCAGAAGGACAACACCCUCCGCUGCACCCUGAUGCGGUGCUUAAAGCACACCGAGGUGCAACGGCUGAAGAAGCUGCGCACGCAACUGGAGAGGGACGGGCUUUAA